AUGCAUUUUUUUGUCAGGCCAUUUCGCUUACCUGCUAUUCUUGUUGGAGAUGGCCGGCUGGGUGGUAUUUCAGGAACCAUUUCAGCUUAUGAGACUUUAAAGCUUCGUGGUUAUGAUGUCAUUGCUCUUGUUCUUGAAGAUCAUGGCCUUGUAAAUGAGGUUCCCAUGUUGUCUUAUUUGCGGAACAGGGUCCCUGUUCUUGUUCUUCCACCUAUUCCAAAGGAUAUGUCAGAUAGCCUGAUGGGGUGGUUUGAUGAAGCUCAGACUAUCUUCAAUGCUUUGAAGGAAAAAAUGAUUUCAGCUUUUAUUGAGAGAACAGAGAGACUGUGCAGCAUGCAAAAGAAAGCACAAGGGAUUUUCUGGUGGCCAUUUACUCAGCAUAAGCUUGUAGCUGAAGAAGCUGUUACAGUAAUAGAUUCUCGCUGUGGCGAGCACUUUGCAGUUCACAAGGUAUCAAACCAUGAUUUCAUUGCACAACAAUUUGAUGCUUGUGCAAGUUGGUGGACACAGGGGCCCGAUCGUACUUUGCAGAUUGAGCUUGCAAGGGAUAUGGGGUAUGCUGCUGCAAGAUUUGGGCAUAUAAUGUUUCCUGAGAAUGUUUAUGAGCCAGCUUUAGAAUGUGCUGAACUUUUGCUUGGUGGCGUUGGGAAGGGUUGUAAACUGAGGUUCACUCAACAAAAUGGUUAA